CCGCUAGUAAUGGUACAAAUACUCAUUUAACUAUAAAAAUUAAUUCAAAAUUUUAUACUACAAAAGUUUUUAACUCCAACGCAUCGUCGUUACACCACAACAUGCCGCACCGCCCACUACUGACAAGUGACGUUAGCGGCCGAUCCACCCGCUUUCCCCUGCACAUUGUCGCAUGCCGCUUUUCGCAACUUCACUCUGCAAAGCUCAACACACACACCACAGCCAUUCAGCCCGCCAUGUCCUCAAUAGGGCCACAGAUGCCGUCGCAGGCCACAAAGCGCAAACACACACCUGAUAUAGAAGAAUACACCUCAGAAGCAGCACCCGUAGCAUCGCCGAACAAGCAGGCGCGACACCACGGACCGACAUUGCCUCCAUCCACCACGAACAAGGACGAGAUCGAUCUUGACGACGAUUCUUCAGACGAUGGUUUUGGCCCUAGCGCACCGAUAGGCACAGCGACAGUAGGACCCAGCCAGCCAGUUUCGGGCCCAACCUUACCACCCCAAUCAAAUAAAGACGAAAUAGAUCUAGACGAUUCGGACUCAGAUACUGGUCCUGCACCACAAGUCGCAGCCGUUGAACCGACUGCUGAAGACCCAGCCUCCUCUUCUGACUCUGAUGACGAUUACGGACCUGCGCUUCCCGGCGCCGGGCCACGCAGAGGACCAAUUGGCCCUACUCUCCCAUCGGCAGCCAACGACUCGACAGCGCCAACCCGCGAUACAUGGAUGCUGGAACCACCCACUUCGUCCGGCUACUCGGAGCGAGAUACCACCAAGAUGCGUGCUAGAAAGUUCACAUCGAAGCCCGGUCCCUCAGAAGGUGGUGUGAGCGCUAUCUGGACAGAAACACCAGAAGAAAAGCUCAAGAGACUUCAAGACUCUGUGCUUGGCCGAUCCAGCGAGCAGGCCAGCGGGUCGACCGUGUCCAAAAAGAGUAAAGACGAAGAAGUGAGAAAUCGACGAAUUGCAAAAAGCAUUGAAUCACAACGGGGCCAGAGUCUGUAUCAAGAACAUCAAGAUAAAAACAAGGCCAGUGGGAAAGCCACCGACGAAGAAGAUGAUCCAAGCAAACGCGCAUUUGAUAGGGAAAAAGACAUGGCGUUGGGUUCCAAGAUUGGCUCAUCCCAGCGUCAAGAGCUCAUUAACAAGUCUGCCAAUUUUGGAGGUAGAUUCCAGAAAGGCUCGUACUUGUAAGAAGUGUCUGUACAUUUAUAGCACAUGGGCGGUUAUAUCAGUAAUAU